AUGAGCCUUGGAUGGAAGAAGUUUUCCUUCUUUGAAAAAGAUGAUCGGAGAGGAGUGCAGCUUCCAGAGAACACAACGUGCUGCAGCGGAAGCGCAGAUCACAUCGCAUUCGGUUGUGACGAUGGUCAGGUGAUUCUGUAUGAGAGGGCAUUCACAAACCAGGUGGCGUUUGAGGCCCACCAGCAGAGGGUCGUGCAGAUGGUGUGCUUAAAGGAGCACAAGCUCCUCAUCACACUGGGCAGGGAUGACGCGUCCAUGGGUUCCACAAAGCUCAAGGUGUGGAACCUGGAAGUUAUUCCUGCGGGUGGUUCCCCAGCGCUGGUGCGCACGAUCAAGGUGUUCCCUGCAGCCUCCAAGGCGCCGGAGGUGGAGGUGACUGGGCUGCAGGUGCAUGAAGCUGCAUGGCCUCGUUUCAGCAUCGCUAUUGGGACCUCUGCCAGCCACAUCCAUCUGCUGCGUGGGGAGCUCGGUCGGGAGAAGCUGCAGCGGAGCGUGCUGCAUGUGCGAGAAGGGAACGCCUCAGAGCCCAUCACUGGCAUGGCAUUCACAGGCGAAGGCAGCAACCUCUGCCUCUUUGCCGUCACCCAGUCACAGACAGUGGCCUUCGAUAUCGCCACAUCUGGCAAGUCCUUGCUGGAUGAGAUGGGCGCUGAGCGUGACAGCACUACUCAGACCAGCUCAGGAGACCUCGUUGUGGCCCGGCCUGAAGCCGUCUACUUCUACUCUAUGGACGGCCGUGGCCCCUGCUUUGUUUUCGAAGGUCAGAAACGCAGCCUAAGGUGGCUCAGGCACUAUCUGGUGUCAGUCACUCGCAGCAGCAUCCCUGGAGGCGGCCCCUCAUCCACCGCGCUGCACCUGUACGACCUGCGCAACAAGCUCAUAGCAGCCACGCUGCCCCUGCAGCAGGAGCCGCGGCAUGUGGAGACGGCAUGGGGCCAGGUGGUCGUGGUGCAGGCGGACGGCGGCGUUGCCUACCUCCAUGAAAAGGAGCUCAGCGCCAAGCUGGAGCUGCUGUACAGCAAGAGCCUGUACCUCGUCUCCCUCAAUCUGGCCACCAGCGAAGAGGCGGAGCCGAGCAUGGUGGCAGAGAUACAGCGGCGUUACGGGGACCAUCUUUAUGCAAAGCAUGACUACGACGCGGCCAUGGGGCAGUACGUUGCCACUAUAGGCUACCUGGAACCCUCUUAUGUCAUCCGCAAAUUCCUGGACGCCCAACGCAUCCACAACUUGACCUCCUACCUGGAGCAGCUCCACUCCCUGGGGCGGGCAGGCGCGGAUCACACGACGCUGCUGCUGAACUGCUACACAAAGCUGAAGGACGUGGCCAAACUGGACGCUUUCCUGCGCGGCUCUGGCGCGACUGAGGGCGCCUCCUCACUCCCCUUUGACGUCGAGACCGCUGUGUGCCGGGCGGCAGGCUACUACGAGCAUGCGCUAGCAGUAGCGCAGUCUGCCGGCGAGCCGGAGUGGUACCUGGACAUUUUACUGGAAGACUGCCACUCCUAUGACGAGGCGCUCGUGUAUCUGCAGUCCCUACCGCGCCAGCAGGCUGCCGCUGCGCUCGGCCGGCACGGCAAGUCGCUGAUAAACAACAGGGCGGAGGCCACUACGGCGCAGCUGAUGCAGCUGUGCACUGACAUGGGCGACGAGAGCAAGGUCGACGGGGACUGGAUUGCCAAGGUUGCCGACUUUGCACACCUCUACACAGAGCGGCCGCAGGCGCUGAUGCUGCUGUGCGAGUUUGUGCUCAACUCGACGCGCGCCCCGCCGUCAGAGGCAUUCCUGUACCACACCCUGCUGCAGCUCUAUCUGGCAGACCGCCUGCCGGACGAAGAGGCCGACGGGGAGGCCUCCACCUCCCAGACCAAGCGCAGGGAGCAGGCGUUGGAGCUCCUGAGGCGGGGCUGGCCGGCAGGCGACGAUCCGCGCUACGACCCGGAUCAUGCGCUUAUGCUCUGCCGCAUGAUGAGCUUCCGCCCGGGCCUCACCUUCCUCUAUGAGAACCUGCGCCUCUUCCGCGAAGUGCACAUGGCAGCGGGGGACCAUGCAGGGCUGAUAGAGGCAUGUGCGAGGCUGGGGGAUGUGUCCCGAGGAGGCGACCCUCACCUGUGGACGGAGGUGCUCCAGUACUUUGGCUCCCAGAACUAUGACUGCUCAGCGCAGGUGAAGGAGGUGUUGGCGCACAUAGAGGCGGGGGGCCUGCUCCCCCCACUGGUGGUGCUGCAAGCGCUGGCAGCAAAUCCGGCGCUGAAACUGAGCGUGGUCAAGGGGUUUGCGGCGCGCACUCUGGCGGCCGAGGCGGCUGCCGUGGACGAGGACCGUAAAGUGAUCGCUCGGUUCCAGGAGGAGACCGGCGCCAUGCGUGCAGAGAUCACCGAGCUCAAGACCAAGGCGCGGGUGUUUCAGAACAGCCGGUGCGCGCUGAGCGGGAGCGCGCUGGAGCUGCCGGCGGUGCACUUCAUGUGCGGCCACUCCUUCAAUGCGCGAAGCCUGGGCGAGAACGAGCGCGAGUGCCCCCUCUGCGCCCCCCAGUUCCGCACCAUCCUCGACAUCCGCCGUUCCCUCCGCGCCGGCGCCGCCGAACAGGACAAGUUCUUCACGCAGCUCAAGAACAGCACAGACGGCUUCAACGUUAUUGCAGAGUUCUUUGGGCGGGGGAUCCUCAACAACACCAACAGCUCUGCGCCAGGAUAA